AGCAAGAUCCGCAUUAGAUACCACCUUUCUUCACACCAUUCAGUAUCAAUCAAGAAAAAAUUUUCUGUGGAAAAAGCACGCAAAAAACAAUGGAUAGCAGCAAUUCCUUUACAAUAGAAGAAGCCACCAUCCAAGAAAUCCACCAAGCAUAUGCAGAAAACAAGCUCACAACGAGGCAGCUAGUCGAUUUCUACUUGCAGAAAAUCGACACCCUCAAUCCCAUUUUGCGAGGUGUGAUUGAAGUUAAUCCUGAUGCGAGGGUGCUAGCAGACAAGGCUGAUCAAGAAAGGCAGAAAAAUGGCGGUGGAUCUCUUGGGACAUUGGGAGACUUGCAUGGGAUUCCAGUGCUGCUAAAAGACGUAUUUGGGACCAAAGAUGAGAUGAAUACAACUGCAGGGUCCUAUGCUUUGAUGGGCUCAAAAGUUGCUAGGGAUGCUGGAGUGGUGGAGAAGCUGAGGAAGGCAGGGGCUAUCAUUUUGGGUAAAGCUAGUAUGAGUGAAUGGUAUAAAUUUCGUUCUCUAAGUGGAGUUCCUAAUGGUUGGUGUGCCAGAGCCGGCCAAGGAGUGAAUCCUUAUGUUCACUCUGAAACACCUUGUGGGUCAAGCAGUGGAUCAGCAAUAUCUGUAGCUGCAAAUAUGGUGGCAGUCUCUUUAGGAACGGAGACUCACAGCUCCAUCAUCUGUCCAGCGGAUCACAACUCCGUGGUAGGUUUCAAACCUACUGUUGGGCUUACCAGUCGAGCAGGUGUCAUACCAAUGGCACCACGCUGGGACACCGUUGGGACCGUGUCAGAUGCAGUUUAUCUGCUUGAUGUGAUUGCAGGUUAUGAUCCAAGAGAUGCAGCGACCAUUGAAGCUUCUAAAUUUUUUCCCAAUGGAGGUUAUAAACAAUUUCUUAGACGAGAUGGUUUAAGAGGAAAGAGAUUAGGCAUUGUUACACAUCCAUUUCUGGAAAAGAUACAUGAUUCCGCUGAGAGUGCAUCCUUCAAGCAUCAUGUUGACAAAAUAAGACAGGAAGGUGCAGUGGUAGCGGAUAAUCUGAAAAUAGCAGAUGUUGAGACAAUUCUAGAACCCAAUCACAGUGGCGAAAUAUUGGUAAUGAUGGCUGAAUUCAAGACUUCCAUUAAUGCUUACCUGAAAGAGCUGAUUGAUUCUCCUGUCAGUUCACUGGCUGACAUAAUUGCCUUCAAUGAGAACAACCCUGAAUUGGAAAAGCUCAAUGAUCAUGAUCAGCACACUUUUAUCAGUGCCGAAGGAACAGAAGGAUUUGGGGACCAAGUGAAGGCUGCAGCGGAGAUGCUGGAUAAUCUUUCUAAAAAUGGAUUCGAGAAAAUGAUGCAAGAAUAUCAGUUGGAUGCAAUGGUAACACCAGGAUCGCGUGGCUGUGCUGUUCUCGCAAUUGGGGGUUUUCCAGGAAUAACUGUUCCAGCUGGUUAUGGAAAGGAUGGCAUGCCAUUUGGGAUCUGUUUUGGAGGGUUGAAGGGCAGUGAGCCGAAGCUGAUUGAAAUUGCUUAUGCCUUUGAACAAGCUACUAGGGUACGGAGGCCUCCUCCUUCCUUUGUAUAGGAAAAAGCAUACAUGCAUUGAUUAGGUUAAUCCUGCCACCAUCAUCUUGAAAUUUUUCGAGUGCAGCGUGGAGCGACGCUGAUGCUUCCAAUUUCCUUUAUGAAUCUGUCUUUGGAUUUUCUAGCAUAACCAAAACAGAACUGAAAAUCUGGUUGAGACACAUAACAUGUUGAAAGUAUUUAGCCCUUUGAUUUUCUAUAAUCCAUGUUGAAGCCAGAUAAUGUGUGUGCUUUUAAUGCUGUUUAACAUCAAGUGCUUUGUACUUUCGCCAGGGUGCACUGGCAGUGUCAAGUAGUGAAUAACAGAACUGCAAAGAGAAAUGAUAGCUAAAUUUCCCCA